AUGGGACAAAGACUAGCUCCCACACUAGUCAAUGCAUUCAUGUCCAAAAUAGAACAACCCAUUCUAGAACGGAAACCUUUCCUGUAUUGCCGUUAUAUUGAUGACUGUUGCAUUAUAUGCCCCACUCAAGACGAGAUGGACACUUGUUUCGAGCUUCUAAACCAACAGUCCUCUUACAUACGGUUCACAAGGGAGAAACCCAAAGAAAAUUGGCUGUCCUUCCUCAAUGUAGAAAUACAGUGGUCCAAUGGUAAAUGGAUAACACGAUGGUUCCGAAAACCUAGCAGCAAAAACAUUUUAGUUUAUCGUCUUUCCGCUCACCCUUGGAAAACUAAGAAAUCUGUGGUUAAAAACAUGUUUAGGACAGCCGUAAGGGUGACAUCAGAUGUUCAGGAGCGGAUCGAUGCGAUCAACCUAGCGCAACGCAUCGCGAAUUCUAACGGUUACAUUGGUAAUGUAGCACGUAGGCCAGAUCUUGGUGCGCAGCAAGAAUAUGCCACACUGGUUGAGUCGAAUAAGAUCAAUUUCUGCCUGCGCUUCAUAACCGACAACCUGAGUAAAGCUAUACGGACUAGUCUGCUGAAAUGCGGUCUCGAGGACCAAGUGAGAGUUGUGGAAAUACCUCCAACAAAUCUCAAAAAACAACUAGUUCGAAAUAGAAUGUACGACCGCUUCCUUCUCACUCCAGACUGUGUAAUAUGCCCAUUCGGGAAGGAAGGGGACUGCAUGGUCUCUGGUGUAGUCUAUCUAAUUUCGUGCAAAACAUGUGGGGACCAAUACAUUGACGAAACAGGGCGCCCCCUUUGUGUUCGCAUUAAAGAACAUCUAAGGGGGAUGAAACAAUCGAAUGCAGCAACUCCCCUCGGAGUUCACCGCAGACAAUGUCAUGAAGACGUUCCUUUCUGCAUAGCUGUCACAAUUCUAUCGUACGAACCAGAAAUUAUAGCUCGCAGAACUUUAGAAGCGUUUUGGAUAAAUGCAAAAGGUUCAAAAAUGAAUAGAAAGGAAGAGUGCUUAGCCGUGACCAACGAGCUGGCUCUGUAUCAAGACCUUUGCGGGUUUGAUCUUCGGAGUCAUAUGCGGUUCGCAUCCUAA